UUCCAAAAAAUGCCCCUUCGUCACCUCCCACUUCGGUUCUCUACAUCACAAUUCAUUUGAAUUGUCACUCCAACUCCCAAGUGUAUUGCGAUUUCCGUGCACACAUUCAACUUCAAAAAACCCCCUCUAGGCCUCUACCUCUUAAAUCAUCCACUUUACUUAAAAUUACAUCCAAACCACAAAACCCAAAAAACUACUUAAAAGAGAGCCCAAUACAUAACAAAAAAACCAAAAAAUGGCAGAUUGGGGGCCGGUGGUAAUAGCGGUUGUGCUUUUCGUGCUGUUAACACCAGGACUGCUGUUUCAAAUACCUGGUCGCGGCCGCAUCAUUGAGUUCGGUAGUAUGCAGACGAGCGGCGCCUCGAUACUUGUGCACACCAUCAUUUACUUUGGUCUCAUCACUAUCUUCCUUAUUGCUAUUGGUGUUCACAUCUACGCUGGUUAGCUUUAGCCUAGCCUACCACACGUCUUUUAUAGUCUUAUGUCUUUCACACUUUGUAAUAUUAGUAUUACUAGUAUUGUUGUAGUAUCAUUAUGACGAUUCAUGUUAGCGGAUCCUGAAUCAUUUUGUUUUUGUUGUUCUCGUUGUUUGUAGUGUGUUUGAUUUUCUGUAAAGUGGAAGAAAUUGGAUGAUGGGUGUUUUUCUGUUAUUGAUAUUUUGGUGUAGGGUAACUUGGAAUCUGGAAAGAUGUAAGUGGAAGUAUGAUUCUGGAUCUGGAAAGGUUGCUUUUGCUUUUGCUUUUGCUUUUGCUUUUUAUUGUGGGUUAAUCUUUUUCUUUUUUAUUUAAUAUUGGUAAUAUUGCUAUCA